AUGGACACCGGGAGCCCCAGGAAGAUACAGUUCACCGUUCCUCUACUGGACACCCACCUGGACCCAGAGGCAGCAGAACAGAUCAGAAGACGCAGACCCACACCUGCCACUUUAGUGGCAUCCAGUGAUCAAUCCUCACCUGAAAUAGAUGAAGAUCGUCUCCCAAACCAGUUGUACAUGGCAGCCUUGUUGAACUCCCCUCGACAGCGGCGAAAAGUGCCAAAGGGAACUCCUACAAUGAAAGAGCUGCAGUUCAUGGUAGAGCAUCACCUGUACAGGCAGCAGCAGGGAGCCGGGGACGAGUGCUCCUCAGAGAGCUGCCUUUCGGACCGGCCCAGCCCCGACUCUCUUCCCGCCGGGGAGGAACUCCCACACGAUGAUGAGGCCACGGCAGAGGCCUUUGAGAAACUGCGCUGCCAAAUGGAGGAGUUCUCAAGGGAGAGUCUAUUAGAAGCUGGUGGAGGACUCGAGUGCCCCCUCUCCAAGGAGGAGGAGGAUUGUUCCAGCGUUGCCAAUGUAGCAGAUCCCUCAUCGCAACAAAACAAAGCACAACCAGACACAAAAGCAGCAACAUCCAGUGCUAGUCAGCCGGCAGAGGAAAAGACAAAGAAAUCCAGCCCUGAAGAAAGACAAAUAGAGCGGUCUUCUGAAACGCAACGCUGCUCAGUCUUCUCAGCCAGCCCAACACAAUGA